CUCUUCUACUGUUAGCCGAUCAUCCAGGAUUUUGAAUAUGACUGAAAAGACAGCUCCUUGGUGGAGAUCCUUCGCGGGAAAGAGGCGGAAGGCGGCCAGAGAAUCUGCGUCCAUUCUAGAGCAGGAAUUUGCAGCACAUGCGGCCAACGAAGCUAACCAGCGAUCCACCACCAAUCCACAGCUCAGAAAUGCAUCCACAACCAAUUCCCAAUCAGAUGAAGGGAAUUCUGUGCAUGGAGAUGACACUUACGAUGACUCUGCUGUGCAACCGACUUUCAGCGAGAGCGCCAACCGACGUGCCUUACGUGUUUCCCGCUCGGGACGCUUCAAGGAGAAACGGCGCAUGCGCGCGGGCUUGCCACAGGAUAAUGAGGAUGGCGAGGGCGCAAGCAAAGACUAA